GCAUUGCUUUUACCUUUUACAUAACGCUUCACUUGACGAUUGUAACUAGAAGCAAUGUAGUCGACGGCUUGGACUAUUCGCGUUGGGCCAAGCGCAGACGAGGCUUGCAGUUUAGGACACGUCUUACUUUGUCUCGCCUUACGAUUGGACCAACGUUACAACAAGAAAACGCCAGACACCUGUAAGCAACAGUUUAAGCAGGCUUGACUGUAUAGAGCCGCUGACAGCCAGCUACAUAUUAGGAACCACAUCCCGAAGUACGCUCUGCACUCUCUUCCGGGCCUCCUCAGCGCAGCAUAAGCAUGUCCACCUCGGGGCAUGGCCGACGAGGACGCAACGGAGGCGGCGUCCGCUUCGCAUCAGAUGCAGACGAUGGUGCAUCCGUGGCCAUCACCCUUGGCGACGUCGGCGCCGCGCCGCUAGACCAGCUCCUGGCCGGCAAUGCCGAUGUCGUCCGCACCCCAACCCGGGAUGCGUCCCGAACACCCGAAGUUGACACCGACGCGGAGGCCUGCUGCGGCGAUGAGGGUGUGCACAUGGGCGGCCUGAGGCUGCUAAACCGCGGCAUCUCACAGGACGAACCCUACGAAAAUUCCCGUGCGGACUCCGACGGAGAUGGCCCGAUGGACGGCCCCGGCUGCAGUACCGACGCGGAUACGGCAGCAGGCGUUGCACGGCACUCUGGGGACGAGAGCCGUACGGAAACGGAGUCCGCUCCAAACGGGGGUGCUGCUGGCGGGGGUGGCCGGAGACAUCAUCACCACCGCGGCAAGUCGGGUGGCAAGCCCGGGAAGCAGGCGGCCAUGAGGACCUGGCUGCGGAUCAACAGCGACGGGGAAACGUUCAUUUUGCAGGCUGACAAGUGGCGCAUCACGCACAAGCUGGGCAUCCAGACCCGCGACCUACGCCUGCUGGACCCCAACCUGUCCACCACCUACCCCUCCGCCAUCCUGUGUCGCGACAAGGCCAUCGUGGUGAACCUGGAGUACCUGAAAGCCAUCAUCACCACCACCUUCGUGCUGGUGGUCAACCCGGAGGACGAGAAGGUGUUGCGGUUCAUCAGUGAGAUCAAGAGGAGGCUGGCGGCGGCAGGGGGGGCGCCCAGCAAAACAUUCCGGGCCCUGUCCGACUCCGAGCGGCUCAAGCUGGCCCCCGGCCCAUCCACGCUGGGCCUCAACAUGCCCUUCGAGCUGCGGGUGCUGGAGGUGUGCCUGGAUGAGGUCGCGGGCCACCUGGACUUCCUGACUCAGGAGCUGGAGGCGUCCGCCUACCCCGCACUGGACUCGCUGGCGAACAAGGUCAGCUCGCCACACCUGGAGCGCGUGCGGCGCAUCAAGAACAACCUGGUGCGCCUCACCACGCGGGUGGAGACGGUGCGGGAGGUCCUUGAAAAGUUCCUGGACGACGACUCCGACAUGCACGACCUCAACCUGACUGCCAAGGAGCUGCACGAGCAGGAGGAGCGGAGGCAGCUGGAGCAGGCGGCGGAUCUGGACGCGCGCAGCACUGUGAGCACCACGGGCAGCCGCUCCUCGGGCUCCUCCUCCUCCGCCUCCUCCGACAGCAGCGUGGAGGAGGCGGAGACGGCGGUGGUGGAGAUGCUUCUGGAAACCUAUUUCAUGCAUGUGGAUAACACGUACAACAAACUGCAGACCCUUCACGAGUACGUGGGCGACACGGAGGACCUGGUGAACAUCAAGCUGGACCAGCACCGCAAUCAGCUCAUCACCAUAGACCUGCUGCUCACCGCGCUCACCACCGUGCUGGCCAUGAUGACGGUGGUGGGCGCGUGGUUCGGAAUGAACCUGGACAGCGGGCUGCAGGAGGCGCCGGGGGUGUUCAAUGACGUCGCGGUGGGCUCCAGUGUGAUCGGCAUCGGGCUGUUCUUUGCGUUCGUGUACUGGCUUUGGAGGGCCAAAUUGAUCAUCUACUGAGCAGGGCUGAGGCGGGUGGUAGGGGAGGGGAGGGAGAGGGGGUGGAUGACGAGCUGAAUGAGGGGGAGGGGGAACAUUAUAGAUAGGUGCAGCAACGCAGUCCCCCAAGGGGGAGGGGGAGGGGGAGGGGGAGGGGGAGCAGGUCAUGGAGUUGGUAUCCGGCGACAGCGUAGAUAGGAGGCGGGAGGCCGUUGAACGAACCCCCAAAGGCAGGCAGGCAGCUGGGCAGGCAGUGGGCUAGGGGCACAUGUAGACUGCGGGUUCCCUGUAGACUUGGGUGGGUGUAGGGUUGGGGGAGCUUGUGGGUGUGGGUGUAUGCAGGAGGGGGAAACACCACGGGACACGCUGUGAGCCGUUGUUGGAGUGGGGGCAGCAUGUAGGGGGGGUGUACGGCGGUCGACCGCAUGAGGAGCAAAUGCAUGAGGCGGCGGACGGAAGCGGAACUUUGGCGUGUGUGGCGUACUCGUCCCCAGCAAGGCGCUAGAAAGGAAUGACGUCAUGCGGAACGGGAUGAGGUGCUACGACAUGCGGGAAAGGGGCGUGAUGUGGUGUGGUGUGGUGUGAUGUGGCAGCAGCCGCAAGCAGGGGGUUCCGUCGAGGUAUACCGACAGCACCCGGGGCGGAGGUGGGGGGUGGGGGUGGUGGGGCGGAUAUCUGCAUUGCCGCCUCGUGCAGACCGCGCAGUGCCGGCUGUCACGAGUCAUGGUUCUGUUGCUCCUGUUGCCGACUCCGUUGCUGUGGGUGUGGCUGUGACAAGGGUGUGUGUGUGUGACAACAAUGGACCUACAAAAGACAUGCAUGCACUCGUAUUUACUACAUGGGGGGGGGCAGCGUCGCCUCAGCUUUGCGGUGGGCUGCCGGUAGGUGCCGGAGGUCAACAGCGGUCCGUUCGAGGCUGGAAACUGGGAGGAGAAAUGCGUGAGCGGGAAAAUCUGAUGUCUACCUGUAUUCGCCGUUUUUUCCGGGGCUUGAGCCUGCUUUCUUGCUUGAAAAGGCUCGUUUGCCUUGGAUGUGGGUGCGGUGGUAUCUUGGAUGUGGGUGCGGUGGUAUCUUGGAUGUGGGUGCGGUGGUAUUGUGGAUGUGGGUGCGGUGGUAUCUUGGAUGUGGGUGCGGUGGUAUCUUGGAUGUGGGUGCGGUGGUAUUGUGGAUGUGGGUGCGGUGGUAUCUUGGAUGUGGGUGCGGUGGUAUCUUGGAUGUGGGUGCGGUGGUAUUGUGGAUGUGGGUGCGGUGGUAUCUUGGAUGUGGUGGUUGACCCCUCCAGCAGAAGAGACCACGACAGACCCGCAGGCUCCUCACGCCGCCACCGCCGCCUCCUCCUCCUUACAUCCGUGCACCACCCUAACCGCAUGCCUGUACGGCACUUUCGACCGUCCUCUCUGUACGGGGGGGAGUCCUGCCACUCCUGC